UGCUUGGUCAAUAAGCAUUUUGGAAAAUCUGUAUUAGCUUCAGACACAAGCUCCACCAAAUGCUCAACACUUAUCUUUACUUUAUGUUUCUAUACAUAUACAUGUGUUUAUAUAUAGAUAUAUGUAUAUUUUUAUUCAUGAGAUGUGACGAAUGUUUUUUUGCUUUAAUCAUUACUCUACACAUGUUUUUUUGCUUUUGCUCCUCAUAGUUGAUAUGUAUGCUCAACAACCCCAGAUAAUUCUUUCAUUUAGGGUUCUCAUUUUCUUUAAAAGUUUCUACAGUAGUCAGAUUCUUGAUUGAAAUUAAGUGUCUUUCCAUCUCGGUUUUCUAGUUCUUGAUUGUUCUUGGAAACUUGAGUUAAAAUGUUGAUUUUGUGGAGUUUCUAGAUGGAAAUCUGAGUGCUUUUCAUGUGAGAUUUUCUACUCCUUGAAAUUUGUUGGAAAUUUGAUUUAAAAAAUCUUGAUAUUAUGAAGAUUCUCCGUGGAAAUCAAGUGUUUUCAUGUGUAGUUUUCUAGUUCUUGAAUUUUCUUGGAAAAUUGAGUUGCAAUCUUGAUUUUAUGGAGAUUCUAGAUGGAAAUCAGAGUAACCCUUGAAUUUUCUUGAAAAAGUGAGAUGGGAUUUUGAUUUUAUGGGUGAUUCUUGAAUCUUGAUUGACAUGGGCUUUCAGUUUAGACUUCCGAUUUCAUGCUUAGAUGCUUGAAUAUUCAAUUUAAGACAAAGGGUGCUUGAAUUAUCAAAAAAGUUUUCUUUUUUUACACAUUAAAUUUUGGGAUUUUGAUUCUAGAAUCAUGAUGACAAUAUCUUCGCCCUCUAAAGAUGACAAUUUGGGAAUGGAUAAUGGAAAAUAUGUUCGAUACACACCCGAACAAGUUGAAGCUUUAGAAAGAUUAUAUCACGAUUGCCCAAAACCAAGCUCCCUUCGUAGACAACAACUCAUUCGUGAGUGCCCAAUUUUAUCCAACAUCGAGCCAAAGCAAAUCAAAGUUUGGUUUCAAAAUCGAAGAUGUAGGGAGAAGCAGAGGAAGGAGGCAUCAAGACUACAAGCUGUUAACAGGAAACUAACAGCAAUGAAUAAGUUAUUAAUGGAGGAGAAUGAUCGAUUACAAAAACAAGUUUCUCAUUUGGUGUAUGAAAACAGCUACUUUCGUCAACAAACUCAAAAUGUGACACUUGCCACCACAGACACGAGUUGUGAGUCAGUGGUGACAAGCGGGCAACACCACUUGACACCUCAGCAUCCACCAAAGGAUGCAAGUCCUGCAGGGCUUUUGUCGAUUGCUGAGGAGACUUUAACAGAGUUUCUAUCAAAGGCAACUGGGACAGCAGUGGAAUGGGUCCAAAUGCCUGGGAUGAAGCCUGGUCCGGAUUCCAUUGGAAUCAUUGCUAUUUCUCAUGGUUGCUCGGGUGUUGCAUCAAGAGCUUGUGGUCUUAUUGGUCUUGAACCCACACGAGUUGCUGAAAUCCUUAAAGAUUGGUCAUCCUGGUUUCGUGACUGCAGGGCAGUUGAUACUCUUAAUGUGCUUUCAACAGCAAAUAAUGGGACAAUCGAGCUGCUUUAUAUGCAGCUUUAUGCACCUACUACUUUAGCACCAGCUCGUGACUUCUGGUUACUACGGUAUACGUCUCCUAUGGAGGAUGGUAGCCUAGUGAUUUGUGAAAGAUCAUUGAACAACACUCAGAAUGGUCCUAGUAUGCCACCUGUCCCUCAUUUUGUAAGAGCAGAAAUGCUGCCAAGUGGUUAUUUAAUAAGACCAUGUGAAGGUGGUGGCUCCAUAAUUCACAUAGUUGAUCAUGUUGAUUUAGAGCCAUGGAGUGUUCCUGAAGUUUUGCGCCCUUUAUACGAGUCAUCCACUUUACUUGCUCAAAGGACGACAUUUGCGGCGUUUAGUCAUUUAAGGCAAAUUUCACAAGAGAUUUCUCAGCCAACAGUCACAAGUUGGGGAAGAAGACCAGCUGCUCUUCGUGCACUUGGCCAGAGAAUGAGCAGAGGUUUUAAUGAAGCCGUGAAUGGUUUCGCGGACGAGGGAUGGUCGGUGACGGAAAGUGACGGCGUUGAUGACGUCACCGUUUUUGUAAACUUGGCUCCGGCAAAGGCGACGGGUGCGAAUCAGAUGUAUGCCGCCCAUGGGAUUCCGGUGGUCAGCAACGCAGUGUUAUGUGCUAAAGCCUCGAUGUUAUUGCAAGAUGUGGCUCCUGCGAUACUUAUGAGAUUUUUAAGAGAAUAUCGAUCUGAAUGGGCGGAUAGCAGUAUGGAUGCAUACUCUGCUGCUUCAGUGAAAGCGGGUCCCACAAGCUUGCCUAUGGCUAGAAAUGGAAGCUUCGGUAGUCAAGUUAUUCUUCCAUUGGCUCAUACCCUUGAGCACGAAGAGUUCAUGGAAGUGGUUAAGCUUGAAAACAUGGGCCAUUAUCAAGACAACAUGAUGAUGUCACCUGGUGACAUCUUCUUUCUGCAGCUUUGCAAUGGAGUUGAUGAGAAUGCAAUCGGAACCUCCGCAGAACUUGUUUUUGCCCCAAUUGACGCCUCAUUUACCGAUGACGCCCCUCUCCUUCCAUCUGGUUUUCGUAUUAUUCCAAUUAAUAAUAAACUGACUCAAAAUCCAACACGUGACCUGGCAUCAACACUGGAGGUGGGGGUGGGCCCACCCCGGAAUCAAAGAGCUUCCAAUCAGGCGGGGCCCACAAAGUCAGUUAUGACAAUCGCGUUUCAGUUUGGUUUUGAGAUUCAUCUUCAAGAAAACAUUUCAGCCAUGGCUAGACAAUAUGUACGCAGCAUUAUAUCAUCAGUUCAAAGAGUCGCUUUGGCUCUUUCACCUUCUCCUUUUGGGUCUCCGAGUUUACAGGGUAACCCUGAAGCUCACACACUCACUCAUUGGAUCCAACAAAGUUAUAGUUGCUUUUUAGGUGAGGAGCUUUUUAAAAGUGUUGAUGAACGAAGCGAAUCUGUUCUUAAAACACUUUGGAAUCACUCGGAUGCCAUAACAUGUUGCUCUGUGAAGACUUUGCCAGUUUUCACUUUUGCCAAUCAAGCGGGGCUUGAUAUGCUGGAGACAACGUUAGUUUCACUUCAAGAUGUUUCAUUGGACAAGAUUUUUGAUGAAAAUGGAAGGAAGAAUGUUUUUUCAGAGCUCCCACUGAUUCUGCAACAGGGUUAUGGUUGUCUUCCUGGGGGUGUAUGCUUGUCAAGUAUGGGGAGACCCGUGUCGUAUGAACGUGUAGUGGCAUGGAAGGUGUUAAAUGACAAUGAUACCCCUCAUUGUAUAGCCUUCAUGUUUGUCAACUGGUCAUUUGUUUGAUUUUCCUUCUCUUGGGUACAUCAUAAGAAAGAAAAAAAAAAACAAGAAAUAGUGGUAUAGAAAUGUUUUACAAAAUGAAGAUACCCUUUGAAAAUUUGAAUAUCCAAAUAGCAAACAUGGCUUCCAGUUCCUUGUUAUGUAUUGGUACACUUGUGUAGUUUGUUUGUAAUUGUAUAGCUCUUUCUGCUUGUUGAUUAAUUUAAAGAUGGAGGUUAGUUUUAGGGAUCUAAA